AUGGUCAAAGACAGCCAUUCUUCCUCGCCAAAACGCUUCUUCAGGGGCGUUAAAUCCUUCUUAAGGGGUAGUAACAGCAGUAGCAACAAAGAGCAAUUUUUGGAUCAACAAAACAAUAAGGAACAGCAACAAAGCAGCUAUUCAAAAGAUGGCAUCGCAGUGACAUUAACAACAGAGAUCUACAACAAGCAACAAACGGGCCCCAUCACCUUGCUACAUCCUAAUCUCAGUUUCUUGCCUAGCCAAUCCAUGCAUGCCACUAGUCUAUUUCAACAAGAGAAGGCCUAUGUCCACUAUGAACCCAAGAGAGCACAGGUUGCUUUAGGUACCAACCCCGAUGCGAAGCACACGAAAAUUUUCCACUUGACUGUGGAACAAUAUGCUUGGCUGAUACAGCAAUUACAGGAAGAACAAGGUCUCUUGGCCUAUACGGCUGCCAGCUUAUUCCAUUCUCCCAUGUUGGGCAUCAUGUUGACACAUCAAAGCUUGACCCAAACAACCAAAUCCAUUGGCAAGAGAUUAAUUCGCUUUGUACAGCAGAGGCGAAAAUCUGUGGUGGUACCACAUCGUCAGUGCAUUUUCAUGUUACCAAAAGCGCUGCUACUACAAGCCGCUGCGUACAUUCCAGUUGCCAAGCCUUUGCCUCCCCCACCUCAGGGUCCUGUGGACUACAAUGCAUUGUCUCAGUCCCCUUACGAAGUUAUACCCGACUCUUACUACUUGCGAUUAAAGCGAUAUUGUCGUUAUCUCCCCUUAUGUACACAUGAAUUGCUGGUGAUACACCAACGAAACCAAGAGCCAUCUCCACCUUCUUCUUUUGUUCAUACAAAGAGCAUGAGCGGUGAAUUAGUGCAAAUACAAUGCGCUGAUUGUCCUGCCACUACAGGUCUACAUACCAUCGUUCAGCAGGCAAGAUCACCACAGCAAGAAGAGAUCCUUGGUAGCUCUAUUACAGCAAGGUUGUUCCCGCAUGCUUCAACAUCUCUCCAAAACAACAGUCAGUCCAUCAUGUUUCCAGUCUCUUACGUCCAAUACAACUCAAGCCUAACACAUGCCGCACAGAUCAACGAAGCCAAAAUGUUGCUGAAGGACAGGGACAACGAAGAAAAGCUCAUGUCAUCUGCUAUCCAACCUGAUAGGCGAGUUCUAUUCGAUUCAAUCGCCAAGAGACAGAAACCACAUGCAUUUUCUGCAUUUCAAUAUAUUCCCCCUGACCGAACAAUGUCAUCUAGCGGUAUUAGCAGCAUCAGCGAGUUCUCAGGCAUUGACCAAGAGAUGCAAGCAGACGACGAUGAUGAGGAGGAAAUGGAAGACAACGAAGACGAAGAGUAUGCAGCCAACUGUGCUCCACAAAAGUACGGAUACGUUGCAGUAGAUACUGAAAACGAGGAGAUUUUAGUCGUGUUUCCAGGAAUGUCCUCGUUGUCGCACACAUUGUUCAAAAAUGCCUCGUUUGCAGCUGUUCCAUGGCUUGAAAUUGAAACGAUCACUUCACGGCCACCUAUGCACGAAAGAAAGCAGCAGGAGGUUGAAGAAGACAUAUCGCCUUGGGUUUUGGAUUGUGCGUUAACUGCUUGGCACCGAUGUGAGAUGAGAGUAGUGACAUUGUUGAUGCGACUCUGUGGAGCUCUGCCAUCCCAUUACAAGGUGGUCAUUGUGGGGCAUUCACUGGGCGGUGCUGUUGCAGCAUUAUGUGCCUCAUCUUUACGGUCGACCAAAUUGCUAAUGAAUCGAUCCAUCACAGUGUGCGCUGUUCAUUCUCCUAGGGUAGGCAACAAGUCCUUCUUAAAGACACUCUCAUAUCAAAGGGUCGACACUAUUCGAAUCACAGAUGAUAGCGAUCUGAUGGCACACUUACCACCGAGAACAUCUGGUCUGCUUCAUUUAGGCGACUCUACCGUUAUUUUGCCCUCAACAAAAGGCGACGGUAGCAAAGGGCACAGUCUUCAAGAUAUGACUCUGAGUCAAAUAGAAGAUACCCUAAACAGGACAUUUAGCUUUAAAAACUAUGAUAUGAAAUCACACAAUAAGGCAUGGGAUGUUUGCCUCGACGAUGAUGAAACCUCAUGCCUAUAG